UUGAAAAUAGGACUUCAGGGAAGGUUAGCUUAUUUUCUGUUGCCAGUGAGUUUUAUUUACCAGUGAGUAAUACAGUACGCUGAUAAGAUUGAGAAAAUUGUAAAUUAAGAGAUAUCAAUUUACAAUGGCGAAGAGUUUAAUGGCACAAAAUCAAGACCUACCAUCGAACGAUAAUAGUUUGUCUACAAGAGAAUUUUUACAUAUCGAAAAGACUUGUGAAGCUUUUAAAGAUAGUGACGAAGAAAUUAAAAUGAUACUUAGUGAAAUUAAUAAGCUAUCUGGUGGGAAAACUGAAGAAAAACUAUUAGAAGGUGACGUGGACGACGUAGAGUUAAUUUUAAAAAGAGCGGAAGAUAUAGCCUUGGAGACGGAAAAUCUUCUGAAAAAUAGCCCAGUUGCCGCUAAAAUUCAUAAACUAACACCGGAGAAAAGUGAACCGUCAGCAAUACCAGAAAUACUGGUAACCAAACCAACUGAAAAUAGUCAAGAAAUAGGAAAACCAUCACAAAAUAAGGUCAACCAAUAUGCUAAACACAACGUUAAAGAAAACGUUGAAUCUCGGCGUAAAUCAAAAUCCAGGCCGUUCUCAGCUGGUGUUAUUGAUUCCAAGAAAGACGCCGGUAAAGUUGCGAGAUUCUCAAGUAAUUCACCUAAGAAAGCGAAUGUUUGUAAACAUGAAAACUUGUUAGAAGAACUAAAAGAUACAAAUGAAAGGGCCAAGAGUCUUGAACUUACAAACGUACAGCUAACAGAUGAUAAUAAAUUACUUCGAAAGAAAUUGGAUAAAGUCAACGAAGAGAAACAUGUAGCUGAUUUAAAAUUGAUAGAAUGCGAAAAAUUCAUUAGUAGACUUGGUAAAGAAUAUGAAAACAGAAAUUCUCAAUUGAAAACCUUACAGGAGAAUGAAGGUAAAAUAAUGGCUGAAUUGAAUAAAGAAAGAAACGACAGGAAGAAUUUGACUGUACAGCGUGAUAAAGACGCUAUUGUUAUACAAGAUCUUCAAAGGCAAGUUAAAGAAAUGGAAUUAAUUUUGAAACGGAAACAUCCAGAUUCGGUAUCAGCUCUAAUAGUUGCAUCGAAAUCGUCAACAGUUGAAGAUAAUAAAAAGAAAUUGCUUGAAGAGCGUAUAUCCCGUUUAGAAAUAGAGUUAAAAGAUAAAGAGGAUCAUUUUCAGGGUAUUUUAAUGACACUUCAAGAAAAAUUUGGAGAUAUGAAACAAAAGUAUGAAAAACAUAUCAUUGAUGUCGAAAGACAACUCAUGGAUGAACGUCGAGUGAAUAACGAAACAAGAAACCGAUUAAAUAAGACCAAUCUUAUUGAUGUAGCGGUUCAAACGGGACCAAGAAAUCAGCACACGAUCGGUACGCAAACGAUACUAAAGCCUGAUCGAACGUCGUCCGCAGUAAGCAGAGUAUCACAAAAUUCCACACUAAUCUUGAAUAGAUUAAAAGAAGACAGUUAUUUGGUGGCGACCAUUAAAGGAUUACAAGUCGAACUAACUGCCAAACAGCGUACUAUUGGCAAAAUAAAUCGAGAGACGGAAGAGCUAAGAAAGAAUCUGCGAACUCUGCAAAAGGAGAAAGAAGUUUUACUCAAUUUGAAUCCACACAAAAAAGUGAGCGGUAAACAAGGAAAGUCUACCGAGAAUAUAUUGGCACGUAUGAACACAGAAAUGGAGGCUGAAUUAACUGAAGUCCGGAAGGAGAACGAAGUGCUCGUACAAGAGAAAAGCAGUCUUUUAGACUCCUUAAAGCGGACCAACGAAGACUUCAUAGUUUUGAAAAAGAAAAGGAUACAAGAUCUUCACACGCUUCAACUCGCCCACGAGAAAGAGCUGAUGCAAAUGAACAUGCAGAUCUAUCCAUUGCAAGAAGAGAUAAAGUUAUUGAAUCGUACAAUCGAAAUACUCCAAGAACGAGUACAGAGCACCGAAGACAAGAUGAUUAAGUAUCAAACUGCGAACAAUGUUGUUGACUUGAACGGUGGCGGUGAUAAUCUAUGCAGGAACACGAGAGAAUCCCGCUAACUUAACACAGUACUGUUUUUUAUUUAAAUACUAGCUGACCCGGCAGACUUCUUAGUGCCUCA